UGAAUCAUAAUUAAUUAAUAUUUAAUAAUAAAUAAAUUGUCCGCCGAUUACCCAGUUGGGGCCAGUGAUUAUUACUUGGUAAUUAAUAUUGUCAUUCGACCGGAUUGAAUCGAGGAACGCAACAUCCAAUGGACAGUGCGAUGCCAUGAUCCGUCUAAUCGGUUGAGUCCACGAAUUAGAAAAUAAUCAGAUAUGUGGCUUACAAAACUACGCCCAAUUUUGGGUCACGGGUUACAUUCAAGACAAAUCUUAUUAAAAAAUCAUGGAACAUUGAACAUGUUAGCUGUAUUACCUGUUGCUAAAUUUGAUCAUCGACGUACUUAUAAGAACUUUGGUCAUAGGAGAGAUCCUCCAGAACAUCCUUUAAAAAAAUGUUACCUUUUGGCUUUUAUAGGCCUUAUAAUUUAUCAAUUUAUUAAUUGGGACAAAGUUAUUGAAGUAGUAUUUCCUCCUGUAGAUGCUGACAGCCAUGUUGAUACUACUGAUGAAAAUCCAGAAGAUGAAAUCAUAGAAGCAACUAUAGACAAAAAAAAAAAAAAACCUAAACAAAUAGUUGGAUUUCGAGAUCGAAAGAUUAUAGAAUACGAGAACAGGAUUCGUCACUUUUCAACGCCAGACAAGGUUUUUAGAUAUUUUGCUACCUUACAAGUAACACAUAUGCACUCUAAUGGACUAGAAACUCAUGAAGUAUUUAUGACACCAGAUGACUUCCUACGUUCUAUGACACCGGGAAUCAAACAACCGGAUGGACUUGGUCUUGAUCAAUAUAAAAAAUAUGACCCAAAAAAUACACAUAUGAGAUUAGAAUUGGCACUAAAUGAAGACAGUAUAUUCUACAAACUUGGAAGUUCUGGUCUGAUAACUUUUUCAGACUAUAUAUUUUUAUUAACUGUACUGUCAACGUCAAAAAGACAUUUUGAAAUUGCAUUCAGAAUGUUUGAUUUAAAUGGUGAUGGUGAUGUAGACUGUGAAGAAUUUGAAAAGGUUGCUACCCUAAUCCGACAUCAGACAAGUAUCGGAAGUCGUCAUAGAGAUCAUGCAAAUACAGGAAAUACUUUUAAGGGGGUCAAUUCAGCAUUAACAACAUAUUUUUUUGGUGAAAAUCUUGAUGAAAAACUAACUAUAGAGAAAUUCCUUGAUUUUCAACAACAAUUGCAAACAGAAAUUUUAGGUUUAGAGUUUCAACGAAAAGGCCCCAGUGAUGAUGGAACCAUAACAGAAGUAGAAUUUACUGAUUUACUUUUAGCAUAUGCUGGAUAUGCACCAAAAAAGAAAGCACGCAUAAUUAAGCGAGUGAAAAAAGUAUUUAAAGAAAAUACUCGAGGCAUCAGCGAAGAAGACUACUUACAUUUUUUUCACUUUUUGAAUAAUAUUAAUGAUGUAGAUACAGCUCUUACUUUUUAUCAUAUUGCAGGAGCAUCAAUUGAUCAAGCCACUUUAAAACAUGUAGCUAACACUGUAGCUCAUGUUGACUUAAAUGACCACUUGAUCAAUGUAAUUUUCACAAUAUUUGAUGAAAACCUUGAUGGACAAUUAAGCAAUCGAGAAUUUGUUGCUGUUAUGAAAAACCGCUUAUUAAGAGGUUUGGAGAAACCAAAAGAUACUGGUUUUGUUAAGUUUAUUCAAUCUGUAGGGAAAUGUGCUCAGGAGAGUACUCCAAGUAUUUUUGACUUGUAAAAUCUUUUGUUAUUAAAUUAGAAUAUAGUUUUAUUAAUAUAAAUUCAUAUCUUUUUUUAUAACUCUUAACUUAUUUUUAGCUUAAUUUAUUGUUAAACUAACUCAUACAUGUCUAGUCUCUUUAAUCAUACAAUGUAAUUCUUUUUCUAUGCUAUGAUCUAAAUACGGCUGAUAUGUCCAACAUGAAAGAUAAAAUAACAGAAUAUCAGGAUCCGUGUUAUCUGCUAUUCUCAAUAGAAGACUUUGAUGUAGUUUCUGUUCUUUUUGAUAAGCUCUUAAUAUUUUCUCAGUUACUUUAC